GUAAACAAAUGUCGUAUUUCAUUCCAUUACAUUCCCUUUUUUGUCUUGGCAUCUACAACAUGACAUUUGAUUUGAUUUAAACACAAAUUUCUUUUUUUUAUUGUUAUUUCUCAACAAAGCGAACUUCGCACCUUUACAGCGUGAUAAAUUUGUGAACUUUUUGCUAAAAAUAUAUUAAAAAUAAAAUACAAACAUAAAUAAGAUAGAACAAUUGCAAUAAAGAGAUUAACUGAAAAGAAAACAAGCCGCAAAAGCAAAGAAAAACAUUGAAAGUAUUUUUUUUUUGACAUUUCCUAACUAAAAUCGUUUAAAAUUUAUUAAUUAUUUAAACUAAAAGAAAAAUUCUUUUAAACAUUGACCCCUAUAAAGCAGUAGCUUAACUAGUUGGUAAAAAAAAUAUUAGUAUUUUCUCAUUACAACGUAACAUUCCAAAGUCUAAAUAUCCCUAAACUAAACAACAAUACAACAGCUGACAUUUAAAAAAAAGAAAAACAAUAAUAAUCAAAUAAAAAAAUAUUAAUAAACGACGAAAUAAAAAACUAGUACAAACACUUGUCAAGGAUCCCACAAACAAAAGCAAAACGAACCAAACUAAAGCAAACCAACCCUCACUCUCCGCUUAAAACUUAAAAGUAGAGAAGUGUAAAAAAAUUAAAUAGUUUUAUUGACACAUUACCACCAAGUACUAAACUGAGGAGGAAACUUAACGCAGCAGUUGGUUUAAAAACGUCAUACCAACAAAAUGUUGUCUCGUUUACGUGAUUUUCUAACGCGUCAUCGCAGGAAAUUCGUGGUAACCGGUGUGGUAGUGGGAGGCACUUAUUUGGCUUUAAAAUAUGCCCAAAAGAAACUCUUGGACAUGCAAGAACGCCAGGCUAGAGAAUUCAUGGAGAAAUCAAGACGUAUGCAGCAUUUUGAGUCCACAGAAAAGACCUGUAAUCAGGUUAUUAUAGGCAUGGGUGCAGAACUAAUGCAGGCCAUUUUAAAAGAAUGCAGCACAGAUGAAUUGCUGCAACAAUUAAGGGAAAAUCCCCCCAAUAAACUGGAACUGUGGGAGGAAAUGAAAAUUGUUGCUUUCACACGUUUAACUACUUUCAUUUAUGCCUCCUCAAUGCUGGUGGUGGCCUUGCGGGUACAAUUGAAUAUUUUGGGUGGUUAUUUAUAUUGUGAUACGACCUCAACUCUAAUGGCUAACGAACAGGCUAAACAUAAGCAAAAGCAGGCAAAAAUUAAUGAUGAUUUAAAACAACAAUAUCUCUCGUUAAUCAGACAUUUUAUACAAGAUGGUGGUUUAUCGGAAUUGGUGCGUUUGAUACGUGCCAAGGUAAUCUCUGUGGUGAAGCAAUUACCUUUAACUAAACGUUUAAGUUUGGCCGAUAUUGAACAAUUGUUUUGGUCUUUACAAAUGGCCAUUAAUAGUGAACCCAACAGUGAUCCCUGCUCUAAAAUGAGCAGAUAUUUAUUACCCUCACAACUGUCAGACUUUAACUCGGGCGGUCCUUUACUGGAGAAACUUUACAAUGAGACUUUGGAUUUGCUAGAAAGUGAUGAUGCUAGCAGUGUUUGUUCGAAUAACAUAUGUCGUGGCUUCUCUUUGGCAGUGGAUGCCAUAGCUGAGAGUAUGAGUGAAAGCAUUAUGGUGGCUCAAAAACAUAACUCUACAAAUGAGCAAGACAAUCAGUCGACUAGUAACACUGCGGAUCCUUUGCUCAACAUAAAUAGUGUACAAAUAGCUUUAGCAAAAAUUAUACCCAUUGUCAGUGGUUUGACUUCGAAGGGUUUCGAUAGCUCUACACGCCCUCAAAAUCUAGCCACCUCACUCAUUACCUUCUAUGUGGUGUCGGAGAAAUGUAAAGUCUUGGGUGCCAAUGUUUAUGAAACAUUUUCUUCUUCGGCGUAAAAGUUAUUUUAAAGAAACUUUUAUUUUUUUUUUUCUAUUUUUUAGAUGUUUUUUUUUUGUAACAAUGUGCAUAACAAUUAAGAAACUUUUGUCUUAUUAAAAAAUAAAAAUUAUUUUACUCUUUAUAACGAAACAUCAUAUACAACAAAAAAACUUUUGUGCUUCUAGCUGUAAAAAGAGAGAAAACUAAAAAUGAAAAUUUAGUUGUGCUUUUAAAU